AUGGCUCCAGUCAUAACGGCUCUUGCGACGUUCUGCAGCAUCGCUGUGACGCUCGCCCAUCCACCGCCUCGUCAACCUCCAUGGCAUGAUCAUGACGACGGACAUGGCGGCGACCCUCUGGGCCAUGAGUGGUCUCCCCCAGGACCUUUCGACAGUCGCUCACCCUGCCCCGGCCUCAACGCCCUAGCCAACCACGGCUGGCUCCCUCGCUCCGGCAAAGACAUCAGCUACGAGCAGAUCCAGUCCGCCGCAACCAACGCCUACAACUUCGGCCCCAACGUCUACCUCGACGCCUUCCUCAUGGCGAACGAGACGUUCAAGCUCUCGACAACCGGCUCAUCCCUGACGAUCAACCUCCAAGACCUCGCCCGACACGACGCGAUCGAGGCUGAUGGGAGCCAGUCGAGGAAUGACUUUUAUUUCGGAGAUGAUCUGCACUACGAUGCUAGUGUGUUCGCUCCUGUCGCCGCGGAUCUGGGUCUUGAUGAUUACGGUGAAGACGAUGCUUAUGUGACUGUCGAGACUGCGGCCAAAGCGCGUGCGGCGCGGCAGGUUGCUGCCAAAGCUGUAAAUCCCACUUUCAAUGCUUCGGAAGCGCAGGUCGUGGGCUCGAUUGGUACGACUGCAUUGUACCUGACGACGUUGUGGGAUUUUGAUGCGGAGGCUGCGCCGAAGGCUUGGGUGAAGGCGUUCUUUGAGGAGGAUCGUAUUGCGUACUCGGACGGGUACGUGGCACUCAAGAGGAAGACCUUCAAGUUUCUUUCCGAAAUGAACCAGGCUGUUGCGAGCGUGCCUGUGUAG